UGCAGUACAACCGCAGGUGUCUGAAAUGCCGCUUGUACCAACAUGACAACACUGUCUGCGCAAAAUAUGCCGCUUUUCUGCAGUGUUGUUGAGAAACUGGCUGCCGCUGUGGCUAGCAUGUCAGAGCGUCUUGCUUACUGAUGGAUGAAGACAAAAUCAACAGUGAUGGUUUGGUUUACUUAUUAGUUUGGGUCGGCAGCUUGCAGUACAAGUCUGCAGACAAAGCCACCAACCCCUCCAACAGACAGGAAGACUGGGAAUAUAUUCUAGGAUUCUGUGACCAAAUCAAUAAGGAACUAGAGGGGCCACAGAUAUCCGUCAGAUUGUUGGCUCACAAGAUUCAGUCCCCUCAGGAAUGGGAGGCGAUACAAGCUUUGACAGUUCUCGAGGCGUGCAUGAAGAACUGUGGGAGGCGGUUUCAUAAUGAAGUUGGAAAAUUUAGGUUUUUAAAUGAAUUAAUCAAAGUGGUUUCACCCAAAUACUUGGGAGACAAAGUGUCCGAGAGAGUAAAGGCGAAAGUGAUCGAGAUGCUGUACAGCUGGACAGUGUCGCUGCCAGAUGAGGCAAAGAUCUUUGAAGCUUAUCAGAUGCUGAAGACGCAGGGUAUUGUCUCAGUUGACCCAGAAAUCCCUCUUGACAAUACACUAAUACCAUCUCCGCCACCACGCCCCAAGAACCCUGUGUUUGACAAUGAGGAGAAGAGCAGGAGAUUAGCAGAGUUACUGAAGAGCAAAAAGCCAGAGGAUCUGCAAGAGGCCAACCGGCUUAUCAAGAACAUGGUCAAAGAGGACGAGGUGAGAAUACAAAGGGUGACGAAGCAAAAAAGCACGCUGGAGGAAGUCAACAACAGCGUCAAACUCCUCAACGAGAUGCUGACUCACUUCAGCCCCGAAGACUCCACCGACGGAGACAAAGAGCUCAUUAGGGAGUUAUACAGUGACUGUGACAAACUCAGGCGCUCUGUAUUUCAGCUCGCUACUGAAACUGAGGACAAUGACAGCAGCUUGGGAGACAUCCUGCAGGCCAGUGAUGACCUUUCCCGAGUCAUCAACUCCUACAAGAAGAUUGUGGAGGGACAGACUGUCAAUGGAGAGCGAGAAGAAUCACUAACACCAUCAUCAACCAAACAAGCCUCGAGCAGCAGCACAAAGCAGUCAGAGAUCCUGAUUGACCUUGCCGGUUUGGAUGUGCAGAGCCCUUCUGGACCAGAGCAGCCUCCCCCAGCAUCUUCUCUCUCCAUCCCUGCUGAUCUUCUCUAUGGGGCUGCUACUUCCCAUAACCCUCCACCCGCCAGCACCAGCACACCCUCCACAGCACUCGAUCUUCUAGAUGGAGAACUGUUAUCCUUAGGCUUUGAUGAUCCUGUUCCUGUUUCAACUAAAUUAACCAUACCAGAACAUGAAAACCUGAAUGAUCAUUUGACAUCUUUACAGGAUUCCAGUCAGGAUAUGGACUUUUUCGGCACCACUUCGCUUCCUACGCCCGCAUUCUCUACUUCUUCACUCCUCACAGAUGUCCUCUCCGUGACAGCAGCCCCAGUUAGCCUGUCCCUGUCUUCCACAACAGCCCCCGCCUUUCCUGGCCCUGUCUUCUCCACACCUGCUGUUUCCACACAAUCUGUCUCAACGGCAUCAGUCAUAGGCCCACAGAUGUCCCACAAUGCAGUCUCCACCACCACAGCCCCAGCUGCUCUGCCUCAGUCAUAUCCCCCAACCUCCUCAGCCUCGUCCUCUCUGUCCUUUGCUGCUCCCUCAGUCGCCCCCAUCAUUCCAACACAGUUCACCAAUGCAGCUUCCUUUCAUCCCAGUGGUGCUGUCCAGUCUGCAUCUCUUAGUCACAGUUUGCAGGACCUUGCCAUGUUGGAUCUGGGCAGCCCAACAAAUACGCCUGGUGUGAUGGACCUCGGAAGUUUGCUGGGCCUGGGUGAGGGUCUGGCUGCUACUGCUGCUCUUUCUUCCAGUCCCGUUGUUCCCUCCUCCACAUCCCUCCCUCUGCACCUGGGAGGGAUGCCAGCAGGGUCCGGCCCCCCACCUGUGACCACUCAGGCAGAUGACAGCCCUCUGCUACGCUCACUGUCCCCAGUUCUCCCUCUGAGCCAGGCCAGUCCAGCCAGGACACAAGAGGUCUCGCUGGCCAACGUCUUUGUCCCUCUGGAAACCAUCAAGCCAAGCAAGCUGUGUCCAGUGACGGCAUAUGACAAAGAUGGUGUCCGUGUCCUGCUACACUUUGCCACUGACUGUCCACCAGGGAGGCCUGAUGUACUGGUGAUGGUGGCAUCCAUGCUCAACACAGCCCCGCUGCCUGUCAGGAAUGUUGUUCUGCAGGCUGCUGUGCCCAAGUCAAUGAAGGUGAGAUUGCAGCCACCCUCUGGGAUAGAGCUGGCUCCGUUUAACCCCAUCCUUCCCCCUGCUGCCAUCACUCAGGUCAUGCUGCUGGCUAAUCCACUCAAGGAGAAGGUUCGGAUGAGAUACAAGCUGACGUUCACGCUGGGAGAGCAGCCAUACACAGAAGUGGGGGAGGUCGACCACUUUCCACCUGCUGAGAGAUGGGGGGCCCUAUAGCGCCGUUUGUCCCUUCAAGCUGGUCACACACAAGAAGAUUUCAUAAACGGUUUAGUCACCAAAAUUGCCAGUGCAGCUAAAAGUUCAAGAUAAAGGUGGUAUUACAAAACCUCUGUGGAAAAGUUGAUGGAAACUGAAGAUUUUCACCUGUCUUUUACAUUUUUGCAAGUUGGCCAAAAUCCUGUAGUGUAUAUCCACCUUACACCUCGCUGCGGUGCCAGAGGAAGCCAGCAUGGUGCGGUAACAUAAGACAUGAACAGGUUGAGCAUAACCGGUCAACGGACAACUGUGUGGGAAAAUCAUUUUUUUGUUGAUAUCUGCUAUUAAGUUAUUUAAGUGCUAUUAGCAUUAGUAUGCAACUUUGUUCCCAACUUAAUGCUUAAAUUUAAUCCUGCUAUCAACCCUUCAAGCAUUUCAGAAGUGAUUGCAAAAGUAUUGCACUUUAGAAUGCCAAAUAGUCUUCAAACAUAUAGUUGAAGAGUGAAAACACUAAGUGUGACAAGAAGUGGACAGUGACUGCGCUGCUGACAGUUUGCGAUAACAGUGUUUUAUGCUUGGACUGGAGCAAACGAUGACCUUUCAGUUACUAACUUAAAAGAUACUGACGGAUCGGCUCAUUAAGAUCCUCAUCUCCUGUAACAGAUGCCUCAAAAUGACUGCUGAAGACUUUGACUUGUCACUCAUUUUCAGAAGCUUUGUUUUGCUUUUCUUGUUUCAUCUUGUGUACUUGUUUGGGGAGCUGAGAUGACUAACCUGAUAUGAAUUAUUUAUUUGUUGUUACAUUAUAAGUCAUUGGUCAGGAGAUUUUCUUCACCUUUAGCUUGGAUACUUAUGUAUUAGGGCAGGUGUGUCGCCCCAGUCCAUUUUUUUUUUUUUUUUUUUUUUUUUUAACUAAUGAUUGUCAUGAAUGUAUUAUUUAUAGUGGUUUGGAGAGGAAGGUGUCAUCAGAUCAGUUGACUGUUCAUGGCAUUGCACUUCAGUUUCACACUGCAAACCUUUAUUAUGAUGUUCACUGUCAUGUUGCAGUUAGGACAGCACAGCAGUGGUCUGUCUGCAAUAUUACCGAGUGAUGUUACAGACAUCCUGAACUUUAUUUCAUUAUGUAGCACAAAGGGUUGGACUGAAAUGAACUACAUGUCUCUCAAUACAAUGCGUGCAGUUCUCUGUCUGACCCCACCGCGCUGUGAAUCCUAGAUACAGUUUUAAUGUCAGUCAGAUAAAAUGUAGAUAAAUAAUUUUGUUUUUGCUUUGUUUUACCCCUUUUAGUCCCUUUCUCUUAAGCAGGUAAAAGUGAGGUUUGUAAAAGGAUCAACUUUAUAUUAAGACAGUAUGAAAGUGUUCAUUUGGAAGUAUAAACCAUCUAACAAAUCAUUUCUGGCAACAUUAAGCAAAAGGUGUUAUUGUUUUGAAUUAAACUCAACGCCACCAAUGACUAAGCUCUAACUGCACCCACUAGACCAUGCAGUGGAAACCAGGUUAAUGUUACAGAGCUAGGUUGUCUUCCCUGGACGAACCAGAAAUGCUUAAAUGUGAGUUUUUUAUUAAACUGAUAAAUCAUAUAUUUCUUUAAGUAAGCCUUGAGAAAAUGGAAGUAUUAUACCACAAUCAAAACUUGGUGGUUUCUCCGAUGCAGUAGGCCUACCAUGUGUUACUCAAAAGACUGUGACUGCAGCUAUAUAGACAUUUCUUAUAAAUUAUUUUGUCUCAGAUUGUCAAAUUGUGUCAUUGAUUACUUAUUUUUGAAAAAAGAUGUUUCUCUGCAUGAAGAAUAAAUAAUGAUAUAUGAAACUC